UUGCUACAUAAGUAUUUGUUAAACAUUUGUGAUCAUUGUUACAGAAUUCUGGAAUAAAAUAUUCUAAAAUGUUUGGAAUAGUUGAUUUUAUAAUUUUCUUUUUAACAAUAUUCGUUUCAUUUUGUAUCGGACUGUUCUUUGCUGUCUGGGAAAGGAAUAGAAAUACAACCGUUGACUAUUUUCUGGCUGGUCGAAAGUCGAGUACACUUCCAGUAGCACUUUCUUUUGUCGUAAGUUUCCAGUCGUCAUUACUCGUAUUAGGAUUUCCAGCUGAAGGAUAUGCAUACGGUGUUGGAAUUGCUUAUUAUGCAGUCGGAAUAUUCAUUGCCUAUUCGGUUGCCGCUGUUGUUAUUGUUCCUGUAUUUUAUCCUUUAAAGCUUCUAAGUGUUUAUGAAUAUUUUAAUUUACGUUACGGUAACAAUAUACUACGUUACCUGACGCUGGCAUUUGGAAUGGUCUAUACAAUUUUUUACAUGGCAACAGUUACUGUUGGAACAUGCGUUGCUUUGCAAGUUGUAAUGGGAAUUCCACCAUGGGGUACAAUUCUUUUGUACACAAUGGUAACAGCAGUUUAUACUUCGAUUGGCGGAAUCAAAGCCGUAAUAUGGACGGAUGUGUUUCAAUUGAUAAUAAUGCUCGCUGGAAUGAUUGCGGUUUUAGUAAAAUCUACAAUUGACACCGGCGGUUCAGAAAGUGUCAUGAAAUAUGCAAAAGAGAGAUUUGAUGCCACAGAUUUUCGAUUUGACCCGACUAUACGGUAUCAGUUUUGGAACGUAUCUGUUGGAACCAUAUCUGCGGUCUUGUAUAUGACAUUAACUCAGCCGGCAAUGCAAAGAGUCUACUGUGUUUCCAGUGCAAAACAAGCCAGCAUUCUUUAUUUCGUAGCUACACCAUUUUACAUCUUACUUACUUUAAUUGCAGUGUUUGAAGGACCUGUAUUAUUCGGCUAUUUCUCCGGAAAAGGUUGCGAUGUUUUGGAAGCAGGUAUUAUAAACAACAUGAAUGCAAUUGUACCCUUUGCUGUUUUGGACUUAUUUCGCAACCAACCUGGAUUAGCGGGGUUGUUUACUGCUUCAUUAUCAAGUGCUGCAUUCAGCACUCUGUCGUCAUGUCUAAGUAGUCUUUCAGCGGUCACAUAUGAAGACAUCAUCAAAGUCAACUUUCCACAAAUGAAGCCACUUAAAGCAACAAGAAUAUCAAAAACAAUUGUGUUACUUUACGGCAUCUUGUCGAUGGUAAUAUCAUUUGCAAUAUUACACAUUCCUGGAUCUAUAUCUGUCAUCUUCAAUAGUUUCAUGGGUUGUAUGGACGGGCCUCUGUGCGCAAUCUUUUUGAUGUCAUUGCUAUGCCGGAGGGCAACAACAAAGGGUAUGUCUAUUGGUCUAAUACUUGGAUGUGCUCUUGUCUUUUGGAUAAAUGUAGGCGGAAAUUUUACUAAAUUAGACCCGUAUCCAUAUCUACCACCAGGUCCAACAGACCAAUGUCAUAUAUAUCAAAACAAAUUAGCGGUUUAUCCAAGUACAUCAAACAAUGAUGUUUUCAACACUAGCAUUACUUCCCAACUGGCUACCAUGACUCGAGGUGAAGUUACCACCACUACGGGCACUUUAAGGAAUCCAUCAUCAUUGCAAAAGUUUUAUAGUAUAUCGUACAUUCUUUACUCAUUGAUUGGGUUUUUAUCAACAACAUUCAUCGGAUAUGCUAUCAGUUUAUGUACAGAAAAACAAGCGGAUCUAGAUGAGAGAUGUAUUUUCUCAUUUAAAAAACAUGUUAUGGACAAGUUCUUUGUCAGUAAGAAAAAUAGUGGUGCACAUCUUCAAUGUGACACAGCAACGAGUGAAGAAGAAUCAAAAUUUUUGUAAAACACUGUUUAAAUGGUGUUUGACCAACAGUUGAUAUUGAAAAAUGUUCAGGAUAAAAUUAUAAAUGUGCCUAUAAUAUAAAAAGACUGUCCCACUCUUUUAAUAAACUGGACGUUAUAGGUAAAUUCUAAUAGAUAUUUACAGAAAUUUUAUUUGGAUCUGUGCAUUAUUUAUUGUAAAUUAUUAAAUAAAAAGAAUUAUGACAAAAUGAAAACUUAUUUUGAUAUUCAUUUGUUCACCCUUGGAUGGGCAUAAUGUCACUUAAUACACAAUAUAAAAAAACAUAUUUAUCCUAUGACAUACUAUUUGUUUUAGUCAAUGAU